CGCGGUUACGACGAUCUUGAGGUGGAGAAGCGCAGAUCAGCGGGUGAAAUCGAGAGGUUGAUGCAAACACUUGAUGAGUUCAAGAGGAAGAAUCAACGUCUUGAAAAUGGAUUUGAGGAGUUAAAACAGGGAAAUGAACUCCUGACAAGUUUGCAAAAGGUGGAGAGAGGGGCUUCAGCACUACAGUUGACUGAGUUAAAGCAGACUCAGGAGAAGAUUGAAUCGUUAAAACAACAGCUAUCGUCGACCAAGUCUGAGUGUGAUAAAAUGGAGCAAGCCUUAUCGGAGGCUAAUAAGGUUAACAAAGCUGAGACAACUCAACACAAUAUGAAGGUUAAUCGGAUACAACACGAAUUGGACGUUGUGAGGCAGCAAUAUUUGUCUCUUGAGCAGGAACUGAAGAACGAUAAAGCAGCUCUAAACACUACGCAGCAAGAGAACUGCGAACGCGUCAAGAAUUUAUCCCAAGAGCUGGCAGAAUCCAAGACAACUAUGCUCAUGUGGAUGAACAAGUGCAACACGCUAAGUGAAGACAAGCAGCAGUUGGAGAACGAUGUACAAAGUCUAUCGGAAGAGCAGUAUAGUCUGCAACGAAUGGUCGAGGAACUGCAUGCUGAUCGUGAAGCAAAGACUCAAGAAAGAUUCGAGGAUGAAGCCGCUCUUAAAGAAGAGAUCGAUUCUUUGACUGAACAGCAUCAAACAAUGGAGCGAGAGCGUCGUGUCAUAGAGCAAGAGAAGAAGGCACUUGUUAAACUGGUCCAAACAUUGCAAGCACGUCCAGAGCUGCAACAGCGAGCAUUCCGUGAAAUGCUUAUGGCGUGUCAACGAGGAACAGAGCGCACAUUCUGUCGGCUUGCAGAGCGAGUUACAGUCACUUUGGGGAAGUUAAGUAUAGUGGAGAAACGAUAUCACACACUACAGUCUCAACUAGCAAAGCGCAAAGAAUCUGCAAGAGAGAAAGACUCAUCGUCGGAUGAAGGCGAAUGUCGGAUCGUUCCGAAACCAGCUUCACCACAAAUUGUUGUGCAGGAAGAAAAUUUCUUAAGCAACAGUACCUCAGCCUUUACCAUGUCGGCUUCACAUCCAGAGUGGCUAGAAGCUAUUGGACGUGACGACGGCGAAGCAGCAGAGGUAAUUGAAACUCUGGAGAGAGAAUUAAAGCAUUGGAAGUGGAAGUAUUUCGUGCAGUGCUUGGUGACAAACUCAUGCGAGCAAGAGAGCUUUCGUCUUGCUGCACAAUUGCAGGAGGCUUCCAGUACAAUCGAUCAACUGAAGAAGAUCACUCACCUUCAAUCUUGGCACAAGUUGAAAGCCAAAUUGGAGAACCAACAACUCCACAAGCUGCAAUAUCUCGGUGUUGUGUUUGCACGACAGCUUGCAAAGAAACUAUUGCUAAGUCAACAGACUCAAUGCUUCGCGAAGUGGAAAUAUCAAGCUCGAGUACGAAAGUACCAAGCAAAAUUAGAUGCCAGCGCGAAUGACCUCCUUCGAGCUUCGUUUUCGCCAACUACGACAAUGGCUUUGGCCAAUUGUAUUCAACUAGUUCGUAAGUUCUGCGAACCUGCACGAAAGAAUGGAGCUAACGAGCGAGUGAAGUCCUCACAUACUCAUGGAGCCGAUGAGCUAACCGGUUACUUGGUAGAAAUUAACACAAAGGUGGCGAGUUGGAAAGUGGCGGUGGAUCGUAAAAUCGCCGAGUAUACUGAACGAAACAACCAACUAAAGUCGGUACAACGGAAGUGUGCCGAGCUAAAGGACUUAGUGGGCUUAAAUCAGCGCCUUAUCGAGGAAAUGGAGCGCCGCUCUGCCUGUCAACAACAUGUUGUGGAAGCCGCGUGGGACUUUGCCACUGCGUAUAAGGCACUUUCGCCUUCUGCGAGAGCUCAAGUGUUCCAGUCGCGCGACUUGCUUUCCGCUUCUAAGGGAAUUGUAGAGGGUCUCAACUCACUGGGACUUCCUCGUUCAGUGAAUAAACUCAGUCAGACUCUCGGUCCCAAUUCCGUUCGCAAGGCUAAUGACAAGACAGUUUUUUCCAAGAAAGUGAACUUCCUAUCAGCUAGUGCGGCACCCGGUGCAACAAGUGCAAGCAGCUCAAUGACAGGGACAGAAAAGUCUCGACAAAGACUCAAUGACUCCAACAUUGAGUUACUGGAAGACGCCGUGGGGUCGUUGAGAGGAGCGAUGCAAAAGCAACGCAAGCUUCAGUUGGAUCUCAAGGAGACGGAGCAAUCAUUGACCAUCACAACAAAAGAAUUGCACAGACGCAACAUGCAGUUUCUAAUGUUGAGAUCGUUCCUGCAGUGGAAAUGUGCCAGUUCGAAUCGUGUCCGUCACUAUGGUCGGCAGCGUCAAGCGACUGCACGCGGAUCUACAUGAUGUGAGAAUGAGCUGCGCAUAAAGCUCAUGGCAUACUAGUAGUAUGCUGUAUGCUGCAUGCACCCGUAGAAUUCCUAACAUAAAUAUACUCGAAUACAACG